CUUCUCACACCAUAUACGAGGCCAUUAAGAUGCAUGGCGAAGCAACGAUUUAAUUACCAUCAUUGGAGAGGUCGCACAAUCAUUGAGCGUGCCUUUGGAAUGAUGAAACCCCGCUUCAGGUGCAUCUUUUUAGAAGCACUUGAAGUACAUCCACAGUUUGUCCCUAAGGUAGUGACAGCAUGUGUUGUAUUACACAACAUUUGUGUUGGUGUAGGGGAUGAGCUGGAAGAGGCUGUGGAGGAGGAGGAAAACCAGCCACCUGUUGAGGGGGAUGGUGGGAAGAGCCGGAGUGGGGCGGCCUGGCGGCCCGUGCUCACAGACGAGGUGUCUGCGUUGCAUGAGGCAUCUCUUGACCAUGACUACUUUUCCCAGGUGAAUAACUAAAAGUGUGGAAGAUGACCUGCUGCGCUUACAUCCAAAUACAUAAAAGAAAGUUUGUUCUAUGAGUAUUAAGACAAAUAACAUACCUCAAAGUUACCAGCUGAAAAUGAUCCUUAAAGUACUCCAACGCUGUAACUGACAUAUGAAGUCCUCUAAGAACACCAUAGGUAAACACUCAUACACAGGGAUGUCAGUUAAGACCAUAAUGAAGUACAUCACUAGUACAUUUUGUUUACCUUCAUGAUACAAUAUUAAAUAAACUGCAACUGUAUUAGAUGUAAGUAUCAUCUUACAGGAUAGAUUGGAUUACCACUGGACUAACCUAAACUUUCUUCCUCUGUCUGCAGUCUGGAAACAACAGCAGCUGAUGGCCGUUUCUUAUUGUGUAGAUA